AUGAAGGCAGUCGUCAUUACCCAACCCAAGACCGAGGGCUUGGUCACUGAUCGUCCCAUUCCCAAGCUUCGGGAUGACUACCUUCUUGUCAAGACCGUCAGUGUGGGCCUGAACCCCACCGACUGGAAGCACGUUGCUUAUCUCUCCCCUCCUGGUGUUCUCAUCGGUUGCGACUAUGCAGGCAUUGUCGAGGCCGUGGGCAAGGAUGUCAAAAAGAGUUUCAACAAGGGUGACCGCGUGUGUGGAUUCGCGCACGGUGCCAAUGCAGUGCAGCCUGAGGAUGGCACUUUCGCCGAGUACAUUGUCGUCAAGGGUGACUUACAGUGGAAGAUUCCCGAAAAUAUGAGCUUCCAGGAGGCCGCCACCCUCGGAGUGGGCAUCAGCACCGUGGGCCAGGGUCUGUACCAGAGUUUGAAGCUUGCACUGCCCACAGAACCCAUUAAGGAUGCGACUCCGAUUCUGAUUUACGGCGGAUCCACCGCGACCGGUACCCUGGCCAUCCAAUUUGCCAAGCUCUCGGGCUACAAGGUCCUGACCACUUGCUCGCCGCGCAACUUCGAUUUGGUCCGCAGCCUUGGCGCCGAUGAUGUUUAUGACUACAAGGACGCCCAGGCCCCUGCUCAAAUUCGCAAGGCCACCGAUAACAACCUGAAGCUCGUAUUCGACUGCAUCGCGCUCGAGUCCAGCGCUGCCUUCUGUGACAAUGCUAUUUCCACCGAUGGUGGUGAGUAUAGCGCUCUGUUGAGCGUCAAAAUUAACCGUGCCAAUGUGAAUGACCGCUUCACUCUGGCUUAUACUACCAUCGGAGAGGCGUUCUCCUUCGGAGAUAUUCCCUUCCCCGCCAAGCCGGAGGACAAGGCUUUUGCUGAGAAGUUCAUUCCCAUUGCUGAGGGUCUGCUCGCCCAAGGAAAGAUUAAGGUUCACCCUCCUAAGGUCGGCGAGCAUGGAUUGAAGGGUGUGAUCGAGGGUCUGAAGUUGCUGAAGGAGGAUAAGGUCAGUGGCGAGAAGCUGGUCUACAAUGUUUCCGAGACCCCGGAAUAA